AUGAGUAAUCAAUCAAUCGACAAGCUGGACUGUGGUCACAAUCAAAGUGAUGUUUUUUAUGUUCACAAAUGUUUAAAAACAUUUUGUGGCAAGUGUAAACAAGAAAAUGAUUUGUGUGUCUUGUGUAAAUCUAAACUCGUCGAAACUGAUUAUCUCAAAGCCAUUGAAAGGAAAAGAUGUAGAGAUGAUUCCGUUUGUAACAAUCAAGCCAUUUUCCAUUGUUUUUGUGAUGAAAGAGAUUUUUGUGAGCCUCAUUUACUUAGUUUUCAUAGAACAAUUUUACCAUCAAAACGAUGUUGUGCUGUGAUUCUCAGUUCGGAGACUGAUGAUCAACCAUGUUCCAAAUGUAGCAAAUGCAUCGCUCAAUUUUUCGACAAUGAAACCAGUGAAUUGUUUUGUGCAAAAUGUGCAAAGAAUAACAAUUCUUCUAAUAUCGUACCAAUUGAAUUAGACAACAACAACACAGAUACCAACAACAUCAGAGUAACAGAAAAUAUUAAAAUUUAUCUUGAUGAUGUACAAAAACAAUUGGAUCUAUUGAACAUAAGACUAAAAGAGUAUACGAAUGAAAUUGAAAAAGAAAAGACAAAGUUCAAUGAAGAGAUUGACUACUUGCAAAAGGAAUUGGAAUCUUAUGUGAACAGUAACAAAGAUCAAUUAGACUCUUUGCGAAAUGCAGCUGACAAAGUUAAACAAUUUUUGAAUCUAUUGAAUCGAAAUGAUAAACUUGGAAUAAUCAAUAUCAUCAAGUCGGAUAAGCUCAACUAUAAUCUUGCGGACUCGAAAUUACGGCUUUGGGUUAAGGAAAUUGUCCAAUCGUAUAGUAUUCCUGAAUUAACAAAAUCGGGUUUUAACUGGAUCGAAGAGACUGAUUUUCAUGAGUUGGCUCCUGGUCCACGGAAUUGGAAGUCUAAUCAUAGUCCAUUCUUUCCAGAUAAUUUACUUAAAUUGGCUCACGACUUUAUCAAAGAUCAUCUUCGCCAUAAAAAUGACUGUAACUCUCAAUCCUGCAACUGUAAGUCAGGAAAUCUUAUGAACUGUAUCCAACAAAAGUUUAUCAACCUCACGAAUCAAAAACAACUUACAAAAAACGAUUUGGAUUAUUUUCUGGACUGUUCUUCCAUUGCUGGUGGUGAUGUUACUCUAUUAAUUGAAACUGGUAAACGAGCACUUAAUCAGUCAGUCGAUCUGACGUUUGCUCGAAUAUGUUUUGAAGAAGCUCAUCGAAUCGAUCCAACCAAUUGGUUUGUUCUCGACACUUUAAUGGGUCUUUAUUUCGUGCUCAAUGAUCACAAUGAAUGUCUACAACUCGCAAUCAAAGGAUUGAUGAAGGAUGGCAAUUACUUUAAAGGUCGUGUAUUAGUCUCAGAGGUGUUGAAACUUUCGCCAUCUUUAGAAUCCAAAUUGCCUGUCCGUCUUAAUUAUCUAAAAAAUUGGAAUCCUGAGCAAGGCUUAGAAAGAAAGAGGAAACUUUUGGAAGUUCUGGAGAAUUUAAAACAACUCCAUGAGAGACGAAAGGAAAGUGAAACAAAACGGGAAAAUGUUCGAAAAUCUUUAUGCUUCGAUCUCAAUGACACAAGCUAUAACUCUUUAAAAUCUGUCAUUUCAGCCUUGAUAGACGUUAAAAACAAAAUGACCGAAAACAGAGUCGAUCCAAACUCGUUAAUAUCAAUCAAAGUCUCUUUCAAUCCGGUCCAAAAUUGCAAUGCUUCUCAAUCUAUCCGUAGUUCUCACCAGGAAGCCCUAAAUCAAAAUAAUAAGCGAAAGACACGAGGGUCAAGUCCUGAGUUAUCUGUCAAACGAAGAUCAGCUCGAGAUAAAAAGACAACCGAUGCAACAGUCGACAAUAUGUACAAAAAGAUUUUCUUCAUGUUUCCUGGAAGUGUUUUAACUCGUGAAAUAGUCCAAGAAGAAGAGUUACAGGUACAAACACAUAACGAAGCUCAAGUGGAACAUUUAAUUUUAACCCGUUAUCGCUCGAAACAAAUACCAUUCGUCUCAAAAGGAAAACAAAUCGGUCUACUAAUAAGAGAUCUUCUCUACGAAAUAGCAGACCAAGCAGCUUUAAUCAAAUUACCUUCUAAUUUCAUGGAUCUGUAUGGAAUUCAUCGAAAAAGUUAUCCAUUGUCCAAACCUUCAACGUUUUGUACCAUUGGUAUUGGAAUAUUAACGACAAAAUUGAUCUUAACUGCCAAUGAAGUGAACUUUAAUCAAUCGGAAGCAGUAUUUUUGACUGAAUCAAUUCCAUUUCUGCGAGAUUUAUUGAAUCCCAACGAUUAUGAUAAAUUUUUCAUUCGUCUCAUGAUUCUUCGAGGAAUCGCAGAAUCUAAAGUUGAUUAUCUUCUAAUGGCAAAUGAAGUUUUCGAAAAAUCUAACCUUAAAUUGGUUCAAACCACAAAUCAAACAGUUUAUUGUUCGUCUAUUCUUAAAUCAAUGAUCAACAAGAUGAACGAAAAUAAUUUGGAUACGUUAUUGGACCAACAUCGACACGAGGAAAUUGUUGAACUGUUAGCAUCUAAAUCUGAGCUCUCUAGACAAGAAGAAGUGUACCUUUGUCAAGCUAUUCAGUCAUCGAAACAAUGGAAACGAGGAGUCGAAAUUAUUGCUAAAAGUAAACAAUUAACUGGUCGAUUGUUGAAACUGUUACGAGCUUGUUUAAAGAAUGGUGAUAAAUUAUCAAUUAACGGAGAAUUGGCUAUCAAAUUGCUUAAAUUAGGGACUAAAGACUACAAUGCAAUGGCCUGGACUUGUAUUCUACAAACAUUUAUAAAUGAAAUGCGAGUUGGUAAAUUAGACGAAGGAAAAAUCAGUGGUUUGAUUGGUUCAGUUCACGAUUAUUUAGGUCAUGUAGGUGCUUGUUGUGAUUACAAUGGAGAGUUUUUAUCUCUUUCAUUAGAUUAUCUGAUUAAUCAAUGUAACAGAAAGAAAGAGAGACUAAUCAACAGCUGUCUUGGUUGUUUCUACAAUCAAUUAACAUGUAGCUUCCUUAUCUCUCAUCAUGAAGCGAGAGUUACUCUACGUUGGAAGGACAUUCGUCCUAUUUACAAUCACUUCAUUCCUAAAACUUUACCAACUUUUGAUAGUGAAACAGGUAAAUCGAUUGGCUCAAAUAUUGAGGAGUUAUUACGCAGUUUACUUCUCUUGGUCCCUGACAAUUUAAAUCCUGAAAGAUUUUCCAAUUCUGUCAAAGAAUAUGUCGAUCAUGGAAAAUCAAUUGAGCCUACAACAAGUAUUCCAAAAGAUCAUGUUACUCGAGAUCUUUACUAUUAUUUAGCUGAUUAUUACUUGAAGAAGGAAGACUUUCAAAAAGCCAUCAAAUUUUAUAUUCUUGAUUUAACUUUAAAUCGCAAUCGAUUUGAUUCAUGGGCUGGUUGUACUCUCUCAAUGACAGAUCUAAUCUACCAAUAUUCUUUACCAAGUUGUCAAGUUUUCUACUCAGCUAUUGAUGAAGUGUUGCUUUUGGGAGAGAAAGCUGGUCGAUGUUACAAUGAAGCACUUCGACUUAAAGAAGGUGAAUCUAAAUUAAUGACUAAAUAUGGAAAGUGUGCUUAUAACAUCGCGAGUUAUAUUUCGCGAGUCAUGAAAUUUGGACCAGUUUUAGAGAAUUCACAAAAAGAAGAAAUUAAAAAACAACGAAAUCAAUUCUUAGACAAAGCUCGAGUUUGCUUCGAAUCAGCUAACAAAUUCGCCAAUGAUGACGAAAUUUGGUUAAAUUACUAUUUCUUAGGAAAAAUCGCUGAAAAAAGUAACAUCUUACAACCACUUCGAUAUUAUGAAUUAUCUAAGCUUCAUAUGUUCUCAAGUGCAGCAAAUCGUGGUAUCGAUUAUGUCGAUGAAAUUUGUGAUGGGUUUGGCAACGAAAUUCAUUAUCGUAUUCAUGCUUGUGUCCUCAAGUAUAUUAAUAGGCACAAAACUCCGCCAGCAAAAAUAUUAUCACAGAUCAUGUUGUUUCUAACUCGUGCUAAAAAAAGCUAUUUUGGUUCUUGGUUUAAUCUAAAAGAUGAAACAGAUGAUGAAAUCAUGCGAGAUGUCAACGAAACGGUGACUGAUUUGGCUACUCUAGUCCAUGAUGGAAUCCUCGAAAGCGAUAGUGAGCAAUUAUUCACCAGAAUAGUACAAACGUGUCUUGAAGAGUUUCUUUACAUUUUAAAAGAUUAUCGUCAUCAUUACAAAUCGCUUUAUCGAAUUGCUCAUCAUCAUUUUCUGACUGAAGACUAUCGAUUUUCACAAAAGGUACUUACAGAUAGAUUUCAAUUUCCAACUACUUUACAAGGCUCUUCAUCCGAUGUUGGUAGUUCAGCCGGUUCAGAACACAUGUUUUAUGGUCUUUUUGACUUGACUACAUCUUGGUGUCUAUUCCCUAUGCAAACGACACCAGAUGACAUAUUAAAGAGGUCAGGAAAUUUUAUCACUCAUAUGCAUCGGUCGACUCAGUUAUUGAUUAAUGUAAACAAGAAUUUGGGUGAUGCUGAACAACUUUCCAAAAUUGCAGCACUUCUGGCUUCAUCAGAAUUAGGUAGUCAAGGAUUGUUUUAUGAUUCUGAUCGGGUCACUCUUGGAAAACGAUCAAUGGAACAUUGUUUUAACAUUUACGAAAGUCGAAUUACAAAAGCAAAAGAAAAUUGUAACAAUUUAGAUAAAAUUAUAGCUGAUGUAAAGAGCACUUGUAGCAAAUUGAUGGAAUAUCCUAUCUAUAAACAACAGGCUCAACAAUUUCUCAAAAAACAUGAUGCAUGUUUAACAAUUGAUUAAUUUUAUUAAUCGAUUUCCAUAAUGAGAGAUUUUUUUAACAAUAUUUCUAAAAUUUACGAGAAUCAUUUCAAAAUUUAACUAAAAUAAAAUUAUUACAAUAGGAUUAAUUACUUUUAUCACUACGAAAACAUUUCCCUGUUCCAAAAAACAACAUCAGAGUAACAGAAAAUAUUAAAAUUUAUCUUGCUGAUGUACAAAAGCAAUUGGAUCUAUUGAACAUAAAACUAAAAGAGUAUACGAAUGAAAUUGAAAAAGAAAAGGAUAAGUUCAAUAACGAAAUCAACCACUUGCAAAAAGAAUUGGAAUCUUAUGUGAACAUUAACAAAGAUCAAUUAGACUCUUUGCGAGCUUCAGUGGACAAAGUUAAACAAUUUUCGAAUCUAUUGAAACGAAAUCAUAAACUUGGAAUAAUCAAUCUAAUCAAGUCGGAUAAACUUAAUUAUAAACUUGCGGACUCGAAAUUGUGUCUUUUUGUCAAGGAAAUCGUCCAAUCGUAUAAUAUUCUUGAAUUUACAAAAUUCGGUGUUGUUUGAAGUAGAGAGACUGCUCUUCAUGAGUUGGUUCCUGGUCCACUGAAUUGAAAGUCUAACCAUAGCCCAUUCUUUCAGAUAACCUACUACUCGUAGACUGAUGAUCCAACAUUCUAUUAAUUUUCGGUUUCUAAAAACUGAAAGAAUUUAUGAAUGAAUGAAGGAAAGAAAAUCAGAUUGUUUUAGAAUUUACGAGAGUUUAA